AUGCGUGCUCUUGCCUUCAUCCUCGUCGGGCUCUACGGAGCGCUCGCCCUGCCUGCCACCCAUGGCGACAAUGUCUUGUGCACCAGCGACGCGCUCUUUACCUCGCUGUCCCGCGACGGACGGUCCUUCUGUUCCAGCGUGCUCGAAGGCCGCUGCCAUCAGGAGGCGACGCCGACGCAGUAUGCGACGUAUGACCCGACCGUCAUCUCUCAGCAUUGCAAAUGUGUCAUGACGACGGACACGUGCAAGGAGAGUGCCACGCCUACGGGCCUGUCGAGCCAUGACGGGGCAGAUGUGACAUCAGUGACAGUGACAAAGGACGGCUCGCUUGUCACGGUGACUGUCACGCAUACCCAGACGUCCACGACAGAGGGUGGCGGCGAUUCGGAGUCAGGGGGGCAAUCGACCACCCGACCCAUUACCAGCAGCGAUCCAACUUUUGGCACAACCGCCACCCCGGACUCGACCUCGAGCGGCAGUGAUGACGGUGCGCCCGGUCGUGCCAGCCCUCCUUCCUCGUCUAGCGGCUCGUCGAGGGUCGGCACGGGAACAAGCGACGCGACAAGUAGCUCCCAGGACCCGAAUAUAGGUGAUACCACUCGCGACAGCAGCACAGCGACCACAACUGACCCACGGUCUGGCUCGUCUCCCUCAUCUGGCGUACCGGAGCAGACGGGGUCAUCGUCCGAGCCCCGGCAGUCAAGCUCCUCUGGGUCGGCGCAGACGGACUCCCUCUCUUCGAGCACCGAAAGUGGCCGUUGGAACGCUUCCAGCACCUCGCUCGGGCUGUCCUCCACGGGCUCGCCUGGUACCGCCACCUCCGAUUCUUCGUCUUCCGGCCAGUCGUCGGGCUCUAAUGAUGGUGGUCCGGAAACGACAAGGUCCGACGAUACCCCGGAGUCUUCGACCACUGCCACGCUUGGUAGUUCAAACACCACAGCUCCCCCCUUGUCUUCCGAGACCGGGUCAACAAGGUCGGCCACAUCUCAGGCAGACCUGACCUCCGGCCCCGGCUCUUCGCCAUCAUCUUCUGGGGCCUCGUCACCCGGCUCGGCAUCUCUUUCUGUGAUCAUCCCCACGCUGCUUCCCAACACGACGACGGCGGCGGCAAACACGAGCAAUACCGCCAGCUCCGGGAUCACGACGACGCUGCCCCCCACAGCCAACACGACUUCGACGGCCACGGGGCCGCAGCAGACGCUCCCCGCCGCCAACUUCACGCAGGUGACGCGGACGGGCGCCGUCGCCGAGGAGACAUGCUACCACCUGCCGCAGGAUCCGCUGCACGGGCGUACGCGGCGAGCAAUGCUCCGCAACGACGAGCUGCGCGAGCACAACUACACGAUCCCCUUCCCGUACAUCGAGUCGGUCGACUUUGACGAGGACGGCGUCGACCCGCUGUUCCUGACCCUGCGCGACGCCGCCCGCGGCACGCACUAUAUUGACGUCUCGAGCCGCAGCCAGCUGUCGAUUGUCGACUCGCUCGGGAACGCCAUGACGCUUGACGGGCGCGGCGUCCACUUCUCGACAAACAGCUGCCGCUACGACGUGUCCAUGACCAUCGACGGCCUGUACGCCCAGCUGGCCACGCUCUCGGGCCAGGUUUGCUCCAAGGGCCGACUGCUGCUGCUCGAGCAGCGCAUGGACAACACGGCCUUUCGGCAGGCUGUGAAUCUGCGCGACCAGUGCGGCAACCCGGUCGACCGGGCCGUCCGCAAGUACCCGCUGCUCAAGGUUGGCGACAGCGAGUGCAGCGACGUCGGCGUCAGCGACGACGACGCCACCAAGGGCCGCUGGCUCUUUGAGUGCGCCUUUCCGGGGUCCGAGUCGGGCGCCAUGCGCUGCCAGCGGGCCGUCGCCACCGACAUUGUCAAGUUCCUCUUCGUGGCGCCCUUUGGCGGCUCGUGUCCCGACCUGUCGACCGUCAUCACCACGCUCGAGGCCACCAGCCAGGACUUUCUCACGCCGGCGUCGCUGCGCACCGAGCUCUACGACAAGGGCCUCAACGAGACGCAGCGCGGCGAGGCCGACCUGGCCGUCAUGUACUAUGAGCAGUUGUGGGAGAUUCUCAAGCAGGCCUUUUCCAAGACGCGCACCAAGCCGCCCGGCGUCGCCGGCGCCAUCCAGCAGUACGUCGACACGUACUCGUCGUUUGGCAGCUUCGAGAACGACCUGUGCCGCGACCUGCACGCCCCGGACCCGCCCCUCAACGUGAGCCUCCGCGCCGGCGCCGCGUACCUGCCGGUCGUCGCCGUCCUCUCGGCCCCGCCGCCGCGCCCGCCGCGGGCCCUCAACCUCACUAUCCAGGACCAAGCCAAGGUGGCCUGCUGCCCGCGCGGCAGCGUCUCCAACUACGGCCAGACAACGGCGGGCAACAACGGCUCCUGCACGUACCCUGACAGCGCCCUCAUCGCCAACUCGGGCUGCGUCUGCGGCCGCACUGCCGCCGGCGCCUCGGUCGCGUUCGAGUACUCCGAGUGCGAGAACUUUGUUGCCCGCUGCGCCACCGACGCCGACUGCGCGACCGAGGGCCAUCCGGGCUUCCUGUGCCUGACGGGCAGUUGCUGCGGAGGCGGCGUCUGCAUCGAUCCCUACGAGUGCUCCCGCAACGGGACAGGCUUGCUCGGCUAG